CUGCUCCCCAUGCCAUGCCAGAACACCGGCCUGUGCACCCGACCGCCUACGCUGCCCCCAACACCAACCUGCAGCGCCCCCUUCAUCGUCAGGCGUUCGCUGGCAAAGGGAGAUCGCUGUGCUGUGCCGUCCAGAGCACUUCACCAGCUCGCCAAAGUCGUCAUCCGUCGUGCCCCCUGCACUUUCCACCCGUCGAUCCUCAUAGCUCCUUCUAGCGGAGAAGACGUCCAGAGUCCAUUGCUGCUCCCUGCUCCCUGGUCGACCUCGUCCACGCUGCCGCGAAUGGUGCUGCUCCCGCGCCGCGCCCGUCCAUUUAUAUUAACACCCACCAGCAUUCUCCCGCCACGCAGCGCUUUUCGCCUCGCCUCGCCUCGCCUCGCCUCGCACAAAGCACCUUCCUUUGCAUUGUUGUGCCUGCCCUGCGGAACAUUCUCAGCCGACGCCAACGCCAACGCCCACGCACACGCCCACGCCCACGCCGCGACCCCUCGUCGCCGCCGACCAGGGGCCCAUCCUUCUGCCUUCUGGUGCUCCUACACCAAAGCGAGCCUGCCUCCCGCUCUUUCCACCUUGACGCUGCCGGGUGGUUCAAUUUACGCCAGCGCUGGACACGGUCCCUUCCUUCUGCGUUGACGCCGCCGCCGCGCUUUAUCAUCCACACACCACUCAACGCCGUCUGCAUAUCAAUUCGCCCUACUGGCACAUCCUCCUUGGUGGCUGAUCUGCCUAGCAACCUCCAACGACCGCACAACAUCAUUCAGCACACGCAACGACAAUCGUGAAAGCGAGAACUUUCCUGAGCAACAGCGUCAACUUCUCCAGAGAGACAACGACCGUAGAAUCUGGUGUAACCGACGUCUCAAUGGCAGCAGUCAACAUGAUGGCAUACCCUCCUCGCGACGCUUUUCAGAACUACCCACCGCAUUACGCCAUGUAUCAACCCCGAGCGCCCACGCAACUUGAUCUGGGAAACACCGUCAAUGUCAAUCCAUAUGCUUACCCUGCUGUGGCACAACAACAGCCAUACCAACAUCAGCAGCCUCGCUCACCUCAAUCCGCGG